CAAACCUUAAUCUGUGAUAGAAGCCGCAUUAAUUGGCUUUAUUAUUGGCUUUCAGGCAAUAAUAUUGUCGACCAGGGCCGCCAUGUCUACCCAUUCACCUUUAACAUCCCUGCACAAGACCUGCCGUCCUCCUUCAAAGGCUCCUGUGGAAAGAUCAAGUACACACUGCAGGCAAAUCUGAGCAGGUCAAUGAGAGUCGACAGAACAGCUAAGGCCAAGUUCACCCUCAUCCACUAUGGAAACAAAGAUCUAUCGCUGAUGACUCCACAGCACAGCAUCACUGAGAAAAAAAUGAAGCUCUUUACAUCAGGAACAGUGGGCAUGGACGCACGUAUUGAGCAAACAGGCUUCCGCCAAGGGGAAGGCAUAAAGGUUGUGGCCUCCAUUCACAACAAAUCAUCUCGCAAUAUCACACCCAAGUUCUGUUUGUAUGUGAAGUACAGUUACUUUGCAAAGGGGAAGAGAAAAGUCGUAACCAAAGACAUCCUGAAAGAGGUGGGUGAUGCCGUCCCACCCUCUGCAGGCCAGACUGUCACCAAGAUCGUCAACAUACCUCCCACCGCAGGGCCCUCCAUCCUGAACUGCAGCAUCCUCAAAGCAGAGUACAGGCUCAGGGUCUAUCUGGAUGUCAAGUAUGCUUCAGACCCCGAGAUCAAGUUUCCCAUAGUCAUCCUGCCUGCUUUACUGGGGCCUGAUGGGGAACAUCUGGCAGUUCAGCCUACCAAUGGAUAUGAAGCAUUCGCAAGCUCAGAUAUGCUGGGUGGGACCAGCUUCCUACAAUACCCAACAGCCUCGGGCACUUCUGCUCCACCUCCAUCCUAUGGGACAUAUGGCUUGUACCCCUCCGUGACCAAUUUUAAUGUAAAAUCCUAGAAACCCAAAUAGAGAUUUGGAGGGUGUCGUUUAAGUCAUAGUAUGACUUGAAAUUAUAAACUACCACGAUGAAAUAUUAACAUUUGUUCUUAAUCCCUUUUUUCCUCUUUUCUAAUUUUUUUGGGGUAAUUAUACAAUUCUUGAGAGUAGAAAUGAAGGGAGUUGAUCAGCUUCCAUAUGACUUUGACGAUUUUAUUGGCAGUAAAAGAUUUUC